UAAAUAACGCGGAACUACCGUAACAGAGUGGCAUGCCUCUAAUAGCAAUUGCCUUUGUAGAAUUGCGCGUAAUGUUUCAUGAAACGAUUAGAAAAAAAAAACUUAUUUGUGCAUGAAUUACCUAUAGCGGAAGUCAAAGUAAUUCCUAGGUCAGGGAAAAUAUGGAAGCGAUACAGCGGCAUGAAAUGCCAACGCGGAGAAAUAAGAACUGCAUUAUAAUAACAUCCUUAGAACGUUAUCUCAUAAGAAAUAUUUUUAUCGAGAAUCUACCUUAAGAUCUUCAGAGGCCUUCCUUGGGGAACUUUUAACCGCGUACAAUGCACACUCUCCCCUUAUCCUUCGCGUUGUUGACGUACACCGGAUACUGGCGACCCGUCCACUUAACAUCCGCCAAGUAUUGGGCGUACGUCAUUUAUUCUAUCGCGAUGAAUUUUCUACUUUAUUCAUUCACGUUUUGCGGCUUGGUCGACUGCUUCAUGGUCGAGAAUCUCGAGAUGUUCAUCGAGAAAUUCUCGCUGUUCCUGUCCGUACUCGGCGUCAGUUGCAAAGUGACGAACCUGACGCUACGUCGGGACGAGAUUAUCGGUCUCGCCGAUAUGCUGCUGAAGAAUAUCUGCGUACCCAGGAACGAUCACGAAACGGAUAUUCAGCGACGCUUCGAUCGCACUGCGAAGAUAAUCACCAUAUGCUGCGAGAUACUAAACGAAUCGGCCGUCUUCUUUGCUACCGUUGCUCAAUUCCAGUUCUUCAUCAACACUAGGACCUUACCUCUGUCCGACUGGGUGCCUUACGACAUCUCGUCAACGACCGCUUUCUGGGCGACUAUGUUGCACCAAACCAUCGGACUGAUGGUCUGCGCGAACGCCAGCGUCGCCCACGAGACACUCAUCUCCGGUUUUAUGAUCCAGACCUGCGCCCAACUGGAUAUACUAUGCCAUCGCGCUCGCACAUUGCCGGAUUCUCUGCGCGAAGCGCGGAAAUGUAGCGCCUCGAAGGACGACUUCAAGGCGCGAGAACAGCAAUUGGUCCGCGAACUCGUCCAUCAUCAUCGCUACGUGUACAGAUUUGCGGAACGUGUCAACUCGGUGUUCACACUUAUGAUUUUCGUACAAUUUACCAUAAGCUCGACAGUGCUCUGCCUCAGUAUCUACAAAAUGUUGACGAAGAACUUGCUGAGCCUUGAGUUUGCGUGGAGUUCGUCGUACCUCGGUUGCAUGUUAAUGCAGAUUUAUUUGUACUGCUGGUUCGGUAACGAAGUAACACUAAAGAGCACGGAAAUUGGAAGCGCCGUUUACGAGAUGGAUUGGCCAAUGCUUCCCGUUGAUUUAAUGAAGUCCCUUUUGGUGAUAAUUACGCGAUCCAAGAGACCAAUCACGAUAACCAGUGGAUACAUAGUCACUUUGUCCAACGAGUCGUUUAUGAAGGUGCGUAUGAUCGCGGUGACAAGGUGGCGAUGCCUAAAAAUACUUGUAAUAAAUUCAGCACGGUUAUGUUUUGAUUUGCAUAUGCCAUUUUAAUUAUCUC